CGAAAAAGAAAUAAAAACAAAGUCAGAGAAAUUCCAAUUUUCAAUCGGAGCGGUUGAACUUAGAGCAAAUCGUCCAGAUUAAUAGUAAAAAAUCGGAGAUUGACUAUACCGAACUUGUCGCAGUGCCCAUAAGAACCAUUAUUUAAAAUUUACGUCAAUCAGUGAAUUUAACUGCAGUUGCAUAACUCAUUGCCAAAAAUCUAGGGGAAAAAUUACCGAACCAAAGCAAAGUUCUUGUCGGAAGAAAGUUCAAAGGACAAAAGAAAGCGGAAAAGGAGAGGAGAGUGUCGUUAGUGGGUUAAAAGCCCCUCCUCCUGGGGCCCGCCAUCCCCCGCCCCUCGUCGCCCGUCCACCGCCCACAACGUGCCUUAAAUAAAUACACAAGUCGUGUCUGUUUUUUGAGGAAAAAAUCAAGUGCGCGUUAGUUGCAGCAAAGUUAUUUGAUAAAACUUAUUAAAUAAGAAUACGAUUGUGUGGAAUUACGAAAAAUUGAAUAUGGCCCAAAACACAGCAGACACUUUCAUCCAUUUGAUUGCCGGCGGAUCGGCUGGCACAGUGGGUGCCGUGGUCACAUGUCCCCUGGAAGUGGUGAAGACGCGUCUGCAGAGCUCUACGGCCUUUAUGACGCCAUCGCGUCUGGCGGAGAAUGCCGGAGGACCGGCGAAUGGUGGCCAGUCGGAGCUUUUGCGGCCGGAACAACGACGUAAGCUAAGCACAACGAUAUUACGUAACAGAUCACAGCCACAGGUGAUUGGGGGUGUGCGUAGGAUCAUGGCCAUUUCGCAUUGCGGCAUCUCAUCCACAACCCCCAAAUCCAUGAGCAUCGUGCAGUGCCUGCGACACAUUGUCCAGAACGAGGGUCCCCGCGCUCUGUUCAAAGGCCUGGGUCCGAAUCUCGUGGGCGUGGCCCCCUCCCGUGCCAUUUACUUCUGCACCUACUCACAAACCAAGAACACGCUCAACAGUUUGGGCUUUGUUGAACGUGACUCUCCAUUGGUGCACAUUAUGAGUGCAGCAAGUGCUGGCUUUGUCUCCUCCACGGCCACGAAUCCCAUCUGGUUUGUGAAGACCCGAAUGCAGCUGGACUACAACUCCAAGGUUCAAAUGACCGUGAGGCAGUGCAUCGAGCGGGUCUACGCCCAAGGCGGAGUUGCCGCCUUCUACAAGGGCAUCACGGCCAGCUAUUUCGGAAUCUGCGAGACAAUGAUUCACUUUGUCAUCUACGAGUUCAUCAAGUCCAAGUUGCUGGAGCAGCGGAAUCAGAGGCAUACUGACACAAAGGGCUCUCGAGACUUCCUGGAGUUCAUGAUGGCCGGGGCUGUUUCCAAAACAAUUGCCUCCUGCAUCGCUUAUCCCCACGAAGUGGCUCGAACUCGUCUGCGGGAGGAGGGCAACAAGUACAACUCCUUCUGGCAGACCCUACACACUGUUUGGAAGGAGGAGGGCAGAGCAGGACUCUAUAGAGGCUUGGCCACGCAGCUGGUGCGCCAGAUUCCCAACACGGCGAUCAUGAUGGCCACCUACGAGGCAGUCGUCUACGUUCUCACCCGGCGGUUCAACAACAAAUCGAACGAGUUCUAUGACUUUUAGAAAGUAUCUUCUCGGAGAAUCCCCAUUAUGGACUAGUUAACAAACGAGAAGGAGGAGGAACCCAAUCUGUGCAUAUGUAGACGCGACUGCUGCAACUUAAUUGUAAUUGUAACCCUUUUUUAGACGAUCCAAACCAACGAGCGCAAAUUCUUAGUUAACUAGCUUCUAAGUCACUGAAAACGAACUCGAUAGACUUAAGACGUUAGACGUUGAACGUUGGCCAAUACUGCAAACACGCACCAGGAUCGAACUGCACCACCCAAGAAAACAAAAAAACCGAAGAAAACCCAAAAAUCCACAUUGCUAUUUGCUUUAGAAGGAGCUAAAACUGUGCGGAGGCCAAACGACGAUGGAUUCGCUGGAAAACGUUAUCAAAAUUUGAAAAGGCUGCUAUUUAGUUAAAGAUACAAUAUAUAUUGAGUGUAUAAAUGUGGUUGAUAUUUUGAUAUAGUCUGUAAAUAGAAUUCGAUUCGCUCAGAGUGUAUUGUAAAUAGAUGAUGAGAGUCGACUGGCGUUGCAAUAUGGCUCCCCUAGUUUUGUUAGUUUUAAGCACAAAAAUGUUGAAUCGGCGCGCAGUUGCCAGUAGAUGCCGCUAUAUAAAUAUAUAGAGAACCGACCGAUCCGAUACGUAACUAUAACCGUAAUUUGCAUACGUUUCCGUUAAGUUUCCUCAAAUGCGAUAUACAUUUUAGUUACCAUUACUCUACCAUUAUGAUUAUGAAUAUUAUUAUUAUUAUUGCUGUUUAUUUAGUCCGUUAGUAAGCUAGUUGGUAAGCUCCGCUGAGAGCCGUAGUGCCCCCAAAAAUCGUAUUUCAUUGAUAACGAGCAAAGAACGAAGAAAACUACUGUGAAUAAUUGAUUGCAAUCUGAUUUGAUGGUGAAAUCAAUAAAUACAACAAUUUUGUUUAAAAAUAA